AUGAAAAAAGGAUUGUGGGCUGAUAUGGCGAAUGGAAGGUGUCGUUUAUAUGGCAUUUUGUUAUUGUGUUUAACUACUCAAGCAUCAAAGGGAUCCCGUGCAAAAGACCUCAAUGUACUCUUUAUAGUUUCGGACGAUCUUAGACCGUCUCUUGGUAGUUAUGGGAAUGAGAUCGUACGAACACCCAAUCUGGAUAAGUUGUCAGAGCGUUCGGUUCGAUUCACAACAGCAGCAUCUCAGGUAGCGGCUUGCGCUCCGAGUAGAACUUCUUUCCUGACUGGCAGAAGACCUGACACUACCAAGCUCUUCUCCAACAAAAAUCCUACUUACUGGAGGGAUAGUGUUGGAAAUUUCACCUCGCUUCCACAACACUUCAAGAACGCUGGUUAUCAAACUGCUUCUGUUGGCAAGAUUUUUCACCCAGGUAGAGAUCACAAAUUAAUAUGUCUCGGAGGUGACGUAGAUGGAGCUAGGGAUCCAGAUUUUACCCGUGUUCACUUAAUAACUUGAAUGGAAUAUCAGUGAGCAAAGAAUAUGUCUUUGCCUGUGUACUGACGCCUCCUCUCCUCAAGAAUAAAUCGGGAGAGAGAAUCUCUCUCUCUAUCCCCGAUUUUUUAGGAGAGGGGGCCUCUUUUGAAUAGGCUAAAUACGUAUGGGACCAGGGUCAAAUGCAGUUCCUCAUGUUUUGUAUUAUGAAAACCUACAUUGUAGUUAAAUCUAGUUAAGUUAGUGUGUCAUGUCGGUAGUAAUAGAAAUCAGGGUUACAUAAGCUGCGGGGCUUUUGCUCCGGCUUAGAACGUCGACAAGGUGUUUCUCAGGCACCGGACUACCGCGUAAUGAAUUAGACGUUUUUGUGACAAAUUAAAGGUUAGGAAACUGAGAGAAUCAAGUUCCUGUUCAGUUUGCCCUGUACAAUGACUUGAUUCACUCAAUUUCGUAACUUUAAUAUGUAAACUUCAUAGUGAUCCGGCGCUCGGCGGCCGUUCGGCGUACAACAAAAAUACCCCAGCUACCAUUAGAAAGUUACCGGUAGCCACAUUAUUUGAGAUAUAUUUCCACUAUCAUUCGUGAUCUAGCGCUGAUCAGGCCCCGAUUUAGCCUCCCUCGCAGACGUCCUUAACCGUUACGUCUUCGUCACGCGUUCCUAAGAAAAGUGUGAGGAAUCGAAGCGACUUUGGUUUUUUUAUACCCACAUAAAAGAAACCCUGCGUCGUGAAGGGUAGGGGACGUAGACCUCGGUAGUGUGGUAAAACAAACAAACAAAAACCUAGCCUGCGAAAACAUCCCGGUGUUUCUCCUCGCUCUUCGCCGCUGGGGACGUUUCGCGCGGAAACGUCCACAGCGGCGAAGAGCGAGGAGAGGGGAUAUAAAGAUAUUUUUAGAUUUUCUUUUUUUCCCAGGACAAUAACUGAAUGGAACAAACUUCCAGAAGAAACUGUUUCCAGCCAAUCCCUCUGUAUUUUUAAAAGCAAACUAAUUUAGUUUUCUUAGUUUUCCUUUUAUCGGUAGUUUUUUUUUAAUAGUUUUCAAUACUUUCUUAAUAGUUUUUAAUAGUUUUGUAUAUUCUAGUAUAGUUUUAUUUAUUAUUAUCUUAGAGUUGCGUGAUGUCCCAAACGAUUUUGCCGACAUAACGAUAUUUAGAUUUAGAUUUAGAUGUUUUCGCAGGCUAACAAAAACCAACAACAACAAAACACGUAAACAGGGACGAAUGUAUUUAUUGCAUGACGGCUAUAUGCGUUAACCAAUUUCUACUGAUUUCUGAUUUUUUAGGAAAAUCAUCCAACUUCACUUAUGAUUACCCUUACAGUUGGUCUUUGCGACCUUAUAUUCCAUCGACGGAGAAGUUUAAGAACGCGAAGGUGAGUUUGGUUUAGUCAAUUCUUACCGAAAAAGCAAUGCUUCUUAACAGCUCUCUGAUUUAAAGGAGACUGUGUGAGGAAAAACAGCAUACAAAACUACGUAGACUUGCCACAAGUCUACGCGCCGAAGACGUGAGGGAUGCUCGCGAAGCGAGUGACGUAAGUCGCAACCGGAAAAGGGCUUUGAGAAAGUCUAAAGACUACGCUGAAAUAUGGUUACUUAUUGAACUAAGAAUAAAUUGUUCUAGUCAAGGGCCGUGUCGAAGUUUAGAUAUAUCAAGUUUGCUUCCAAUUUUCAUCUGUUCAUUCCCUAUUUUAAGAAAUCCUCGUCAACUUGGGAACUUGAACGUGACGUUUGCCAUAACGGUCCCGUUUCAUUCGACCCGUUCCCAGACACUUUGUACUGACGCUGGAUACCAGAGGUUUUUCCUGGCGUGCGGUGAAAUUUGUCGGUGUCGGUCGAAGGGCGACACGACACGGCGUUUUUGGCAGCGAAGCGGUUCACUAUAAAAAUGGAGUUUAGGGCCUGCCUAGUAUCCAGACAUCUCUCUCUCGAUGAAAAUUGGCUUUACCCUUCCCAAGGUCCCUUGCGCGUCAUCACCAGUCACUCGCGUUUCGCGCUCGUCUCUCAGUGUGAAACCAUGCGAAAAACGAAGCGCCUUAGGAGGAGGUUUAGUCUGCUACACAGCCGUUUUUAGUGUUGUCACGCAACGCUCCUCCUCCUAAUAUAUGGAACAGUCAACGGCGAACUCAAAUUCAUUCAAAAUCGCUCAAAAAACCGCUUUUGAGGCAAAAGGACGACCAUACACCACAGGUAAGGUAAUUCAACGUUUAUUUAUCAUUGAUUUAUAUACGUAGUUAGCGACAUAUCGCUAUAGGUGAAGCAAACGGUAAAUCCAGUACAUUUACUAUAAAAUAACAAUCGGCUACACAAACCUAUUGGGUGGGCUCCCUGUGCUAAUAAGCUCAAAAAGCAUGCAUGGCGCACGUGAAGAGUUCAGAACAAAACGAAAUGAAUCAGGGUCUAAGAAUAAGGUUUAAAGGGAAGCGAAAUGGACAAUUUUGUCUUAAACAGGGUCAGGGUUUGAGGGCCUGGUCGGCAAAUCUCUACCCAAACUUAAUUCCCUUUACUCAAUUACUGCCUUCUGGGGGGAGAGGGUAAAACACCGCAGCGCUGCCCACUCGUUUGUGUGACAUUUAUUCGCAAACAUGUGACAUGCCUCUCUGAUGUUUUUCACUUUAAGGUAUGUCCAGGAGUAGAUGGAAAAUUGCACACAAACAUUGUAUGUCCAGUUGAUGUGUCACAACAACCAGAAGGAACAUUGCCAGACAUUCAAAGCACUAAAUUUGCAAUAAACUUCUUGAAGAAUUACUCAUUGUCUCAAGAUACGGCCGUUAAUCAACAACCGUUCUUCCUGGCUGUCGGAUACCACAAACCUCACAUUCCCCUGAAAUACCCCAAACAAUUUCUAGACCUGUACCCUCUGGAGAAGAUACAUAUCGCAUCUGAUCCCUUACUUCCUGAGGCUAUGCCAUCAGUAGCUUACGAGCCAUGGACUGAUAUCCGCUGGAGAGAUGACAUCGCAGAUCUGAAUCUGAGUUUUCCUUAUGGACACAUGCCUGAUUUACACGCCAGGAAGAUCAUUCAGAGUUACUUUGCAGCCACAAGUUAUCUGGACAGUUUGAUAGGAGAGCUUCUGGAUGCUUUACAAGAGUAUGGUUUUGCUAAUAACACUAUUGUGAGCUUUAUCGGAGAUCACGGUAAGUCUGAAUUUCAUAAAGCUCUGUGUAAACGUAGAAUCACCUUGAAAUCUGUUGAGUGUCUCAGCCACAUACUGGCCAAUUGGAGCAUUUCUAAUAAUUGGUUUUUACUAAACUGGUGAAAUGGGCACCCUUUGUCAAUUGUAACAAUCCCCCAUUGCAUACAAAAGACCUUGUUAGCUUGUAUGUUUAGUUUUCCCACUUGAGACCACGUUACGGUACCCCAGACAACUGUUUCUUUCAAAUGUCGUCAUAUGCAUGCUUAUGUCCACGUGCUUAUGUAUGCAUAAUUUAUGAAAAGACAAAUUCCCUGGAGAAUAUCACUUGGUCUGAAUUGGGAAAACAAAACACACGAGCUGUAAGGGUCUAUUGCCACAUUACUAUGUUCCAAACCCUUUAGCCUGGAUACCUGUACACCUUGUUUUUACUACCUAACUUAAGUUUUCUACACUGCAUUCGAAUGAGACUGUCAGCCAGGCUAUAAUUCUUGUUUAUGGAGGCUGUUUGGAAGAAACAACUCUAGAAGACAGUAUUAAGUAAUAUAUCCCUGAAUUCAAUUUCCAAGGUUGGGCCUUAGGCGAGCACUUGGAAUGGGCGAAAUACAGCAAUUUCCGAGUGGCUACUAAUGUACCCCUGAUGGUACAUAUGCCUGGUUUAACUGACAGAAGAGAUAAAGAUUUAAAUGGCAUACAGUCUGCGGGCAAGGCGUCCAAUGCACUUGUGGAAUUGGUGGAUUUGUUUCCAACUCUUGCAGAUCUGGCAGGGAUUGAAAUACCGAGUAAGUGUUUCUUCCAGUCCGUAUUUCAUGUACACCCUAGCCUGUAGACAGACAUUUGUGUUCGUUUCAACAAUUCCGCAGUGUGCGAGCAUAACGAGCACGCGAGAGCAGGUGUGCGAACGAGGCCAAUAAAUCCCCCUCGGAGUUUAUUUCCACACCCACGCUCGACGAUCCUUAAAGAAAAAAUAGAGGUUGUGGGAACAGGCUAUGUACACCCAUAAUUACAUCAAAGCUUGGCCUUGGUUGUUCAAAUAAUGGAUUGCGCUAUCCACCAGAAAAAUCACUAUUCAGCGGAUAAGUAUUAAAGAAACCAAUUGCAUCAUGCAUUAGAUAGAGACUUAUCCAGGAGAUUGCAUUAUCCACUAUGAACAACUGGAGCAUGGUUUUUACCAUAGCAGGCCUUGUUCAGUUGGAAGAAUGCUGGCCUAGAGACCACAUGGUCAAGGGUUUGUACCCUUGGGCCGCACCAAUACUCAGGGUCUUAAGAUAUCUGAGAAUAAUAGGUUCUGCCUUUGCCCUGCAAAUGGUCGUGUUCAGUGCUCGGUGGCCACAUGGAAUUGACAGUUCCAUCUGUCUCUAGUAAACAGUGCCUUCAAUUAGUAUACAUCGACUCUUACAUAAAAUAAGUUUGCAAGUAGCGAAAGCACAGCGCUAGGGCAAGAGUUUUGUGUCAAUUAAAGAUGAAAGCAGAUGCAAGUACCCUUCUCAAACUCAAAGGCACAGCGGCUCCUGAUCAUAUUGCUUCAUUUGAAAAAAUAAUAUUCUAAUGAUACAUUCCACAGCUUUUUGUCCAGAGAAAUCAUCCAACAUGACCCUGUGUUCAGAGGGACUUAGUUUUGCCCCGCUCUUAAUGAACCCCACCAUGCCAUGGAAGAAAGCUAUCUUCAGUCAAUACCCAAGGUACUAGUAAAUUAUAUUUAAAAAAAGCGUAUUGACAUACAUUUUUUGUUCAUUUACUUCUCUAACCGAGGGUUUUAAUUAAGGGUUUAAACCACGUAUCAUAAACGACAGGAGAGUUAAAAAGGGUUUAUACUAUGGAGAGAGAAUGAAACUUCAGGGGCGUUGCUAAAACUCAGCCUGUGACCAGGCUCCCAGUUAGGAAAAAGGCGAAAAAACACUUGGCGUUUUUUUUCCUUUUGCCGUGUCACCUUGUUUUUUGCCUUUCCCUCUACUACAGAGCCUGGUCCUAGACUAACCAAAACUUAUUACCGCUAACACUACCAUUUUGUUUCAGUACAAAUUAAAAUCAAUUCCUAAUAGAAAAAAAAAAUAAACAGCCUCUUUUCUUUCUCUGUAUCUUAUGCUGCAAGUAAUAUGGAAACCAAGAAAUUUCACAACAAUUCAUUAUUAUACUUAUUUUCCAGAGUUGUGCUAGAAAACUUCCCGAGUUUUCCAAAAAAGGUAGAAAAAUAAUUUUCAAGGAAUUGCCUCUUUAUUAUUUAUUUAUUAUUUAAAGACCAUCAGAUAAACCGCAAGAAAACAGUUGUCAACCUACACCAUCUGAGAUCACGGUCAUGGGGUACUCAAUGCAGACAGAUCAGUACAGAUACACAGAGUGGAUACAGUAUGAUCAUAACACACAGAAAGGCAACUGGUCACAUGAUCAUGCCAGAGAAUUGUACCUUGAUCACAAAGAAGACAGGAAUGUAGCAAACUUGCCUGAGUAUUCAGAGCUUGUUAAAGAGUUAUCAAGUCAGCUUAGAAGAGGGUGGAGAGCUGCCUUACCAACGGUCAAAAACUAA